GCGGCAGGGUGGGCUCCCGGAUUGCGGACUUGGAACACUGUGGGGCUACUGCAGGCUGGACUCAGGCCUCAGACCUCCUAGGAGCGUGCUCUUGGGAGUGGCCCUGGGAAGGAGUUUGACAGCCAUUAAGAAUUGCAUCCCUGGCUCAGUUUUGGAAGCAGACGAGGAGUAGAGGGUGAAGGGAAGGUAGCAAAGAAUGCAUGUGGAAGGUGCCAGCAUUUAGGUCUGGGAUGGCUUUAGUUCAGUCCAGGAGAGCUGACAGAGCACUGAACACCUUGAGAAGCUUGGGAGAUGGAGGGCGAUUAGUGUGUGGCACUAACUAGACAAGAGGACAUGAGGAGCGUGUUCUUUUCCAAAUUUUAUUAGAAGACAGUCGCCACACACUGUCAGUGCUUUUGGUGACUUUUAUGUUGUGAAAGGUGCAAUCUUUCCUUCGUCCUGAGCCUAUUGAUGAGGUGACUGUUUUGUGGGGCAGUAUGUGAGUGAAGUUAACACAGAAAUCAGCCUCCUGGGCCAUGCCAGUUCUAAGGCCUGUUUCUUCUCAUGAGCCCCAGAAGAAGACAGAUGGGCCGGUCUUCACAGUGGAUGACUUCCCCUCCUUGAGCAAGAGAUGGGGUAGUACCUGGGAUCUGCCCAUUACCAGACUCUGGGCUUAAUAAGCCAGCUGAAUGAAGGGCUAUAACAGACCCUUGGGAGGGACACUGAAGCCUGCAGUGUUGGGGGGGGAGGGGACUGGACAUACCCCUUCCCCCCCAUCUCCUCCCCCUCAGAGUACACUCAGCCAUGGACUUUGGACUCGGAUAAAAGGAGAGAAACUGAACUUUGGUGUCCUUGAUUUGGGAUUCUCAGUUUUGGAAAUGGCGUGCUGGAUGGGGGUUUGAUGAUCUCCAGGGGAGCAGCUAAGAGAAGAGAAGAGAAGAAAGGUGCAUGGCUGCUUCCUAAUCCCAAAGCCCAGAGAACACAUCCCUAGAACUGUGGGGAGUGAGCCCAGCCAGCAGGGCACCCCCCUCGCGCUCCCUUGCGGGGGCCAGGAUGCUGAAGAAGCAGUCUGCAGGGCUUGUGCUGUGGGGCGCCAUCCUCUUUGUGGCCUGGAACGCCCUGCUGCUGCUCUUCUUCUGGACGCGCCCUCUGCCCGGCAGGCUUCCCUCAGACAGCACUCUGGAUGAUGACCCCAACAGGCUCACCCGGGAGGUGAUCCGCCUGGCCCAGGACACCGAGGUGGAACUGGAGCGUCAGCGGGGGCUGUUGCAGCAGAUCUGGGAGUACUAUACGAGGCGGAACCAGCGGUGGAGGGUUCCCACUGCGGUCCCACCUGUGCCUCCACAUGGGCCUGUGACCUUGCCGCCAGUUGUGAUCCCCAUCCUGGUCAUCGCCUGUGACCGCAGCACUGUCCGGCGCUGUCUAGAUAAGCUGCUGCACUAUCGGCCCUCGGCUGAGCGCUUUCCCAUCAUCGUCAGCCAGGACUGCGGGCACAGGGAGACAGCUCAGGUGAUAGCCUCCUAUGGCAGCGCCAUUACACACAUUAAACAGCCCGACCUGAGCAUCAUCACUGUGCCCCCUGACCACCGCAAGUUCCAGGGCUACUACAAGAUCGCACGCCACUACCGCUGGGCACUGAGCCAGGUCUUCCACGAGUUCAACUUCCCCGCGGUAGUGGUGGUGGAGGACGACCUGGAGGUGGCCCCAGACUUCUUCGAGUACUUCCAGGCCACAUAUCCGCUGCUGAGGGCUGACCCUUCCCUCUGGUGUGUGUCUGCCUGGAAUGACAAUGGCAAGGAGCAGAUGGUGGACUCAGGCAAGCCUGAGCUGCUGUACCGCACCGACUUUUUCCCCGGCCUGGGCUGGCUGCUGUUGGCUGAGCUGUGGGCCGAGCUGGAGCCCAAGUGGCCGAAGGCUUUCUGGGAUGACUGGAUGCGGCGGCCUGAGCAGAGGCAGGGCCGGGCCUGCCUGCGGCCCGAGAUCUCCAGAACCAUGACCUUUGGCCGCAAGGGUGUGAGCCAUGGCCAGUUUUUUGACCAGCAUCUCAAGUUCAUCAAGCUGAACCAGCACUUUGUACCCUUCACCCAGCUGGACCUGUCGUACCUGCGACAGGAGACCUACGACAGGGAUUUCCUUGCCCGAGUCUAUGGCGCCCCUCUGUUGCAGGUGGAGAAAGUGAGGACCAGUGAGCGGAAUGAACUGGGGGAGGUGCGGGUGCAGUACACCAGCAGGGACAGCUUCAAAGCCUUCGCCAAGGCCCUGGGAGUCAUGGACGACCUCAAGUCGGGGGUCCCUAGGGCUGGCUACAGGGGUAUUGUCAGCUUCCUGUUCAGGGGCCGCCGUGUGCACCUGGCACCCCCACAAACCUGGGAUGGCUAUGAUCCUAGCUGGAAUUAGCAGGGCCUGCCUGGCCCUCUUGGGAUCCUUCCUUGCCAUGACAGACUGCAGGGCCUGGGCUGCAUCCUCUGUUUCUCUCUUGGCUCCAUUUAUCCUUUAUUAUAUAUUUUUUUAAAUUUUUGAGUGAUUCGAGUGCACAGAUGCUAAGGCGAAGAUUAUUCUGCCAUUCUCAAGAGGGUCAAAUCAGAGGAACCUUUCUUGGGUGUGUUGGGGGAUAUUAAGCAGGAAGUCACUGUGUGGUAGGCAGAGAUUUGGGCUUGUUGGGGCCACAAACUUGUGUGCCAGGUUUUCUCCUGGGACAUCUGUAGAGAGGUUGGCAACUUUAGUUCUUGACCAGGCACUUUUCCGUUCUGACUCUUACAGCCAAGGUAAGAGCCCUUUACUUGUACCUGACGUCUUCAUCCAGGACCUGCCCCUGACCUCCAGGAUGCAGGGGGAGCUGGGUCCUGUGAGAAGAUGACAUAUUUGUGGCCAGAAUUAGACUAACCAAGGGGGUUUUGUCAGCAGGCUCUAGGUGGAGCUGUCAGGUUGUCAGGGUUUAAUGCCUCCUGCCUGUUUUUCCCCCCUUUCCCUCCUUAUCAUAGCUCUCCUUUCCCUGAAGCCUAACAAUUCAUGAUUCUUAGAGGGAAGAUUGAAGGGGAAAAGCAAAACCUCUCCUCAUCUCAUCCCUGGAGGGGGACGGGGGAGGUGAUGGGAGGAAAGCUUGAUGUGCUGGGGUAUCCUCUCUUAUCCUGCCUCAGAGAAACAGACCCUGUCCCUGAUCCUGUCCUUUCUAAAAACUGAUCCCUUCCCUCUCACUCUGGGAGGGCUCUGUGCUGGCUUGGUGGAAGAGAGAUUAGCUCCUUGAGUUUCUUUUUCCCUGGGGUUUGUUGCACAGGCUCCUCCCUGAGACCUUGGCUUUGAGAGAUCCUCUCAGUGUGAGGCAAAGCAGCCAGGACAGCAUGGCUCAGACUUCCUUCCCUCCGCCCAAACACCCUGUGUCUGUUCAGAUUAGGGUGCAGAUGGGGGGCUGGAGAGCAAUGUCUGUGCUUUUGUUUCUUGCCCGACCUCAGUUUAUGGAAGAAAGCUGAAGCUGCAGAACUAUUUUCAAAAAUAAAAGGCUGAAUUGUCUGAAAAA